AUGGGUGUUGAGGGUGUAGAUCAACAAACAAAUUCAGGAGUAAGGAGAAGAGUAUGUUCAUGCACGAAAGACGAUUUUCUUCCUGAGGAAUCGUUCAAAAGCUGGGGAAACUACGCGAAUGCACUAAUACAAAUGCCAACAAGACUAAUCGAUAGGAUCCUAACACGUUCUGAAGACGAGGAAGAGUUGGAAGAAGCAAAGUCGCGGAGCCAGAAUGAAAUGAAGAAAGCACUUACUUGGUGGGAUUUGAUAUGGUUUGGAUUGGGAGCUGUUAUUGGAGCUGGAAUAUUUGUUCUUACAGGCCUUGAAGCUAAUCAAGAAGCUGGUCCUGCUGUUGUUUUAUCAUAUGUUGUGUCUGGUGUCUCUGCUUUGCUCUCUGUAUUUUGCUACACCGAGUUCGCGGUUGAGAUUCUUGUAGCAGGUGGUUCAUUUGCCUACUUGAGGGUGGAGUUAGGUGACUUUGUUGCCUUCAUUGCUGCUGGUAAUAUACUUCUUGAAUAUGUCAUUGCUGGUGCUGCAGUAGCUCGUACGUGGACUUCCUAUUUCGCGACUCUACUAAACUUCAGCUCGGAUAAAUUCCUCAUCAAAGUGGACAGUUUAGCAGAAGGAUACAACGAGUUAGAUCCGAUUGCUGUUGGAGUUUGUAUCAUCAUCUGUAUAAUUGCAAUACUUAGUACAAAGGGCUCGUCUCGUCUCAAUUACAUAGCCACUAUUGUUCACAUUUUCGUGAUCUUUUUCAUCAUCAUUUGUGGCCUAAUAAAGUCGGAUACCAAGAACUACACCCCCUUUGCUCCAUUUAAAGUUCGCGGGAUUUUCAAAGCUUCUGCAGUUCUGUUCUUCGCGUAUGUUGGAUUCGAUGCUGUUUCUACUAUGGCUGAAGAAACUAAAAAUCCAGGCAGAGAUAUUCCAAUUGGACUAAUUGGUUCUAUGGUGAUCACAACUUUUCUGUACUGUUUACUAGCCAUGACUUUGUGUCUGAUGCAGCCAUAUCAGAAGAUUGAUACUCAAGCACCAUUCUCCGUGGCGUUUAAAUCUGUUGGAUGGAAUUGGGCACAGUAUAUCGUAGCUGCAGGGGCGUUGAAAGGAAUGACAUCGGUGUUGCUGGUGGGAGCAGUUGGUCAGGCUCGUUAUCUAACUCAUAUAUCACGAACUCACAUGAUGCCUCCUUGGUUUUCUCAAGUAAAUGCCAAGACAGGUACACCAGUCAAUGCCACUGCUGUAAUGUCAUGUGCAACAGCAAUCAUUGCCUUAUUCACGAAACUCGAUAUCCUCUCCAACCUCCUAUCAAUCUCCACUCUCUUCAUCUUCAUGCUCGUUGCCCUUGCUCUCCUCGUUAGACGUUACGACGUUCAUGGUGAUACAACUAUAGCAAAUCGCAACAAACUUAUCACGUUUCUCUUGAUCAUUCUUGCAUCCUCAAUCGCCACGUCUACUUAUUGGGGACUAAGUAAAGAUGGUUGGAUUGGCUAUUGCAUAACCUUGCCAAUAUGGUUACUAGCAACAAUUGGACUAUGGUAUUUUGUUCCUCAAGCUAGAAAACCAAAACUUUGGGGUGUACCACUAGUGCCAUGGUUACCAUCAGCUUCAAUUGCUAUCAACAUUUUUCUAUUAGGUUCAAUAGAUAGAGCUUCAUUCAUGAGAUUUGGUGUCUGGACUGGCUUGAUGUUGGUGUAUUACUUGUUUUUUGGACUUCAUGCUUCUUAUGACACUGCAAAAGAGUUUAAAAGGGGUAGAGGAUGGAAGAAUAUUGAAGAGGGAAAUGGUGUAGAUAGCAAAGAUAUUGUUCCUAGUGCACCUAUGUAA